GGUACCUGGACUAUGGUGAGCCUAAAUGGAAGGAGCAGGCCCUGAAAUGUCUGGGAGAUAUGGAAACAUACGCUGAUGAGGUUCGCAGGAACUUUGUUGCUACUUUAGACUGGCUACAUGAACAUGCUUGUUCCAGAAGUUUUGGGUUAGGUACAAAGCUACCAUGGGACACCAAGUAUGUAAUUGAAGCUCUGUCAGAUUCAACCAUCUAUAUGGCUUACUACACUGUAGCACAUCUACUACAGGGAGGAGUGUUUGAUGGCAGUGGUUCCAGUCCCUCUAACAUCAGGGCAGAUCAGCUGACACCAGAAAUAUGGGACUAUAUCUUCUUCAGCAAUACCAAAAUUCCCAAAACUGAUAUUCCAUUAAAAACUCUGGAUAGAUUGAAAGCUGAGUUCAACUACUGGUACCCAGUUGACCUGCGAGUUUCUGGCAAGGAUCUUGUUCCCAACCACCUCACUUACUACAUCUAUAACCACUGUGCAAUGUGGCCCAAUGACCCAUCAAAAUGGCCAAAAGCAAUCCGAGCCAAUGGACAUCUGCUGUUGAAUACAGAGAAGAUGUCCAAGUCUACAGGAAAUUUUUUGACACUGUCAGAUGCACUGAAAAAGUUCUCUGCUGAUGGUAUGCGCCUGGCUCUAGCUGGAGCAGGAGACACCAUUGAAGAUGCCAACUUCAUGGAGAUAAUGGCAGAAGCUGGCUUGCUGCGCCUGUACACCUUUAUGGAUUGGGUGAAGGAGAUGCUCGCCGCUAAGGGAACUAUGAGGAUAGGAUCUGACCACACAUUAAGUGACAGAGUCUUCAUCAGCGAUAUGAACAAGGCUAUCCAGGAGACAAAGACCCACUAUGAGAAGAUGAUGUUUAAAGAGGCCCUACGUACGGGAUUCUUUGAGUUUCAGGCCUUACGAGAUAAGUAUCGGGAACUUGAACUUGAAGGCAUGAAUGAAGAUCUAGUGUUUAGCUUCAUCAAAACACAGACUCUCAUGCUCAGUCCCAUUUGCCCGCACAUCUGUGAGCAUCUGUGGGGCCUGCUGGGUAACAAGGAAAGCAUCAUGCAUGCGUCAUGGCCAAAGGGAGGACCAGUGGAUGACAAGCUCAUCCUGCUUUCCCAGUACUUAAUGACAUCUGCACACAACUUUCGCAUUCGUCAGAAACAGUUGAUGACUCCUGGUAAGGGCAAGAAACAGGCCAUCAGCAAGCAAUCCCACGGCACGAUCUGGGUGGCAAAGACUUACCCAGCUUGGCAGACAACAGUGCUGAACCAUCUCCGUCAGUUAUAUCAGAAACACAGUGGUUUCCCUGACAAUAAGGUAAUAGCAACAACCCUUAACAGUGAGACUAGCCUGCAAAAAUACAAAAAGAAACUGAUGCCAUUUGUACAGCUGAUGAAGGAGAGUGUGGAACAGUCGGGAGUGAAGGCCCUUAAUGUCACCAUGGAGUUUGAUGAGAAGGAGGUCCUGGAGAUGUACAAAAAGUACCUUGUCUCUACACUGGAGGUUGAGGACUUGGAUGUAAAGUUCUCUGAGGAGGCAGAAAGCAAGGUGAAGGAGGACUGCGUACCUGGUACUCCCUUCCUAACCCUCCACACACAGCCCAAUGUCAGUGUGCGUGUAGGGAACUGCCAGCCUUACAGUGGCCUGUUUGAAGUGACCCUGCCAAUCUUUGAAGGUGAUGUCAAGUCAAAGAUAAUUUGCAGACUAAUGAAGACUGAUCGUUCCAAGAUGAAGGAUCCGAGACAGGUGGAGAUAAUGGUGUUUAGCUCCGAGCAAGAGAUGAGAAGGGUACCUGAUCUAAAUGACCCCAACCGUGGCCAGACUGUCCUGUCUGAUAAUGCUGUGUUUCACAUUGAUGUGGAUGCUAACACAGUUUCUAUACAGACCAACAGUAAAUCUGUGGAUAUCAGCACACUACUUACCUAUACCGUCAAGUCAGAAUGAAAUGUCUGUGGACUUUAGCACACUACAACUAACAUACAGUUUAAAAAACAUGAAUGUAUUUGUUUAAGAAUAAGGUUGCUUGACUUAAUCCAUCAAAUACAUUUGUUUUUCUUAAAGAUAUCAUCUGAAAAUGAAAUGUGUACAUCUGGUAAAGAAAUGUCAACAUCUGGCUAUGAAAUGUGAACAACUGGCUAUGAAAUGUGUACAACUGACAAUGAAAUGUGUACAUCUGACAAUGAAAUGUGUACAUCUGGUAAAGAAAUGUGUACAACUGACAAUGAAAUGUGUACAUCUGGUAAAGAAAUGUGUACAUCUGACAAUGAAAUGUGUACAUCUGACAAUGAAAUGUGUACAUCUGACAUCCCUAAUAAAUGAUUUUUGGAAUA